UGUGUAUCUCUUUCGUUCUCUCUAAUUUAUCAUUUUCUCUUGUCCUUCAAUUCUCUGUCACUGUCACUGUCCCUCCCUCUUUCAUAUUUACUCUCUCCCUCUCUUUUAUUACACCUCUUUAGUUCCCUCUUUUCCUUGCCAAGAGUCCCUUGUUUGCUUUCCCGUCUCGUUAGGAGAAAUUGGAAUGUACAAAAAUCACAUAAAAGACACCAACAACAACUACAAUAAAAGCCUUCUCCCUGACCAUAAGGAGAAGCUGAUCCAGGCUAUUAAAAGAAUAAAGCAUGAGGUAGACGAGUGCUGGGAGGCAGAGAGAGAGACGUACAUAUGGUCUGUUGGUGUAGAGAGAUGUUUUGAUAAUCUGGAACGGGAGGUCCGAGCUGAGUUCCAGAACCUCCAUCGCUUCCUGGACGAAGAGGAGACCAUGGACAUGGAGCGACUGAAGAAGGAGAAAGAGAAGAGGGUGAAGCUGCUUAGGGAGAGAGAGAAGAAGAUCGCCAUGCAGGGAAGAGAUCUAGAGAGAGGCAUUGCCACGCUAAACAACAAACUGGCCGAGGAAGACAGUCCCAGACUGCUCAAAGAGAUUCAAGACCUCUUGAAAAGGUCCCAGGUGACUUUCAUACCGCCUCCGCAGGUGGAUGUGGAGGUGCGAUCAGCACACUUUGUGGGGCCCAUCCAGUACAGGAUAUGGAAACACAUGAAGAGCUGCCUGUACCCAAAUAUCACUGAAGUGACCUUUGACCCAGAGACAGCCCACCCCCUCCUCACUCUCUCCCCCAGCUGCACUUCUGUGUGGUUCGAGGAGGACAAAGUUAUGCCCAAGGCCUCGGAGGAGGAGCAGCCCCCCAACCCCCGCUGCUUCCACUACUACUACAGUGUCAUGGGCCGAGAAGGUUUCAUCACCGGACGCCAUUACUGGGAGGUGGAGGUGGGCCGCAAGACAGCGUGGCGGCUGGGUGUGGCCAGGGAGGACGUCCACCGGGGGGAGAUGGACUCCAGCGGGACCAGUAACGGUCUCUGGACCCUAUCCCUGAAGGGAGGGGCCAUCUUGGCCUGUACAGACCCCAAACCCACCAAGGUCCCGGUGUCCAUCAGGCCCGUCCGGAUCGGAGUGUUCUUAGACUGUGAGAAGGAGGAAGUAGCGUUCUAUAACGCUGUUACCAUGACGCCGCUGUACACAUUCUCCAUGGAAACGGUGUUCGUUCCGCUGAUCCCCUUCUAUAACCCAUGUGACACGGACGAUGGGAGGAACCUGGGUCCCCUAAACCUCUUCAGCCCCUCUAUAUGAGAGUACAGAGAACCAAGGAGAACCAAGGUUGUACUGGAGUAUAUUUAGUUUGGGGAUGCCGUGGAAGGAUAGAGAGAAUUUGUAAAUGGUUUGUUUUAUACAGUGUGUGUUUCUGGUAUAAUUUCAUAUCUGGCUGGAAGCAUGAUGUAAAUUGUAUCAGUUAAAAAAUCCAAUGAGUUUAUGAUAUGCAUUUACAUUUACCAGGGGAGGCUGGUGUAAGGAGCUAUAGGAGGACGGGCUAAUUGCAAUGGAAUGGAAUCAAUGGAACGGAGUCAACGAGGUUUCCAUAUGUUUGAUGUGUUUGAUACUGUUCAAUUUAUUCCAUUCCACCCAAUACAAUGAGCCCAUCCUCCCACAUGCCUCCACUGACAUGUACCUAACCAGCUCUAUGGUAUAGCACUAUCAAUUCAUAUUUAUGCCAUUGCGUUCAGUUGUUUGCAUUGUGGUUUGAAUAUUGACAUUUGACAUUGGCAUUAAAUACACAAAUAGGUAAACAAAUUAACACAAAACCUUGGUCUGUGCUCAUAACACCAGAAUGUGAUAUUUUUGUCAUAUUGUCACAUAAUAGGUUAUGAAUGUAGAAAAACCAGACUAAGGUAUCGAAACAAGUCCCAAAAAUGCCAGUAUCCUAGUGGGGGUAGAUACCACAGGGCCUCAGGACUUAACAGUAGGGGUUAACUGCACAAUGUUACCUUUGGCCCAUCUAUAAAUACUGUGGUCAUGCAUCCACAGCUGUGACACUUUGUCAGCAGUCCAAAUGUCGCCCUAUUCCCUAUAUAGUGCACUACUUCUGACCAGGGCCCAUGGGCCCUAGUAAAAAGUAGUGCACUAAAUAGGGAAUAAGGUGCCAUUUGGGAUGUAUCUAUUGUGGCAUGGGUAUGGGAGAAAUGUAGGGGAGGGGGGUGGGAAGAAGGAGGAAGAGGACACACAGGGUGACACUGCAGAGUGUGACACUGUGGGAAAACAACUAAAUGUGUGUGACAUUGAGUAAGAUGACUGACGUGAGGUAGCAUGACAACACCGUCACAUUUACAGAGACCAAGGCUUCCUCAGUGAGCGCGGCCAUUAGUAUGAUAUCUUACACUAUGCACGGUGUGCCAGAUAGACAGCUAGGAGAAAAGUGCUCCACGAAAUGAGAUCGUAAAAUCUAAGUGCACACACGUUAUGGCCUGCCUACCCGAAUAACAUUAGGACAAAUUCAAAGCUUUGGAAAAGUACAGAAUCAAUGACAAGGAAAGGACACUAGAUUUUUUUCUCAUAAUCUUUUGUUUAUUCUUCAUUAUGUUUUUUUUAGACAUGAAAUAAAGAAAAUAACACCUUUCCUUUACAAAACGCCUGUGUGUCGUGUUGUGAAAAAAGGGAGGAGGGAGA